GCUGAGGUUCUGGGGACAAGCUGAGUGGCAGCUCUGAGCCAGCUGAGCCCAAGGAAGCUUUGAGGCACACAGGGUCCCUGGGGGAGCUGAGGGCAGCCAUGAGGAGGCACAGCGAGACAGACGUGGAGGAGCAGACCCAGGAGCUGAAGACCAUCACUCGGCUCCAGGAGCAGUGUCGGGCACUCCAGAUCCAGGGAGUGAAAGAGAAUACCGACCAGAACAAGGCCACGCUGGCCCUCCUGCGCAGCAACAUCCGCCGCGGGGCCCAGGACUGGGCUUUGGCCAAGAAGUAUGACCAGUGGACCAUCUCCAAGGCCUGCGGGAAAAACUUGCCUUUGCGACUGGCGCACUGCCGCAGUACCAUGGAGGUAGCGCGGGAGAAGCUGCGCAAGUACGUCUUCGACCGCGUGAACAUGCACAACCUACUGAUCCACCUGGUGCGGCGGCGCGGGCAGAAGCUGGAGAGCAUGCAGCUGGAGCUGGCCAGCCUGAGGAGCCAGCCGGACGCCAGCAAGCAGGAGCUGCGGCUGCUGCAGAUCAUCCGCCAGCUGGAGAACAACAUCGAGAAGACAACGAACAAGAUCAUCACCAGCCAGAACAUCCACCUGCUGUAUUUGGACCUGCUGGAUUAUCUGAAGACAGUGCUGGCAGGAUACCCCAUCGAGCUGGACAAGUUGCAGAACCUCGUGGUCAACUACUGCGCGGAGCUGUCGGAUAUGAAGAUCAUGUCCCAAGACGCCAUGAUGAUCACGGAUGAGGUCAAGAGGAACAUGAGGCAAAGGGAGGCGUCCUUCAUCGAGGAGCGCAGGGCAAGGGAGAACCGGCUCAACCAGCAGAAGAAGCUGAUCGACAAGAUCCACACGAAGGAGACCAGCGAGAAGUACCGCCGGGGCCAGAUGGACUUGGACUUCCCCUCCAACCUGAUGAGCAUGGAGACCCUGAAAUUAAGGAGACAAGAGACCUCCACAGCGGAAAUGGAAUACCAGGCGGGCGUGACUGCUGUGGUGGAGAAGGUCAAGAGUGCUGUACGGUGCUCUCACGUCUGGGACAUCGCUGGCCGCUUCCUGGCCCAGAGGAACACGGAGGAGAACCUGGAGCUGCAGAUGGAGGACUGUGAGGAGCGGCGGCUGCAGCUGAAGGCCCUGGUGAAGCAGCUGGAGCUGGAGGAGGCCGUGCUCAAGUUCCGCCAGCAGCCUAGCUCCAUCAGCUUCAAGUCCAUUGAGAAGAAGAUGACAGACAUGCUAAAAGAGGAAGAAGAGAGGCUCCAGCUCGCGCACAGCAACAUGACCAAGGGCCAGAAGCUGCUGCUGACCAUCCAGACGGGCAUCGACAACCUCUAUGUCCGGCUAAUGGGCAUCACCUUGCCUGCGACCCAGAAGGAAGUGGUGCCCUCCGACACCCUCGAUUUGAACAGCAAGCUGGCGUACUGCGAGGGGAAGCUCACACACCUGGCUGACAGAGUGCAGAUGGUGUCCAGGACCGAGGAGGGCGACACAAAGGUGAGAGAUGCCCUGGAGUCCUCGACUCUGAAGGAGAAGUACAACACCAGGAUCAGCUUUGAGGACCGGGAGGAGGAUAUGAUCGACACCUUCCAGUUCGCCGACGUGGACCAUAGCUACGUCCCUUCGCGCGCCGAGAUCAAGAGGCAGGCGCAGCGGCUGAUCGAUGCGAAGCUCAAGGCGGCCAAGAAGAAGAAGAAGUAGCCACGCCGCCCCGCUCCCUGCUUUGUUACACAAAUAAACAUUUUUCCAGGA